ACAUUCUGUCUCGAGCAGCGAAACCUGUCACAAUUCAAAAUGUAUUCCAAGGUGUUGUUAUCCGCUGCACUCCUUGUAUGCGUGAGCGCUCAAGUUUCUAUGCCUCCUGGUUACGCAGAGAAGUAUCCGAUCACCAGCCAAUUUUCAAGGUCAGUCCGACACCCUCGCGAUAUUCACGACUUUGUCACUUGGGACAAGGAAAUGGGGGGAGGGAAGGUCUUCGGGACUUUGGGAGAGAGCGACCAAGGACUUUUUGGUAAAGGUGGUUACAACAGGGAGUUCUUCAAUGAUGACCGCGGCAAACUGACCGGACAGGCUUACGGCACCAGAGUAUUAGGGCCUGGAGGCGACAGUACCAGUUACGGUGGUCGUCUAGACUGGGCCAAUGAGAACGCCAAGGCUGCUAUUGACUUGAACAGGCAAAUUGGUGGCAGCGCUGGGAUCGAAGCAUCAGCUUCCGGCGUGUGGGAUCUUGGUAAGAACACUCACUUGUCAGCCGGCGGAGUGGUCUCUAAGGAGUUCGGUCACAGAAGGCCUGAUGUCGGUUUACAGGCCCAGAUUACUCACGAGUGGUAAUUGCCAACAGCAUUAUCAAAGCAGCUAUAUAAGUGCCGCUUAGACA